AUGUCGCUCUUCCGGUCGCGCACGGCAGAUGGUUCCUCAGGCAGACAGCGAAUUGUGAAUCUCAACGUUGGAGGCGUCAGAUACACAACCACGCCUUCGACACUGUCGGCAGAGGUGGGCGCCUUUUUCGACAUUCUGCUCUCCGGUCGCUGGGAGCCUGAUGUGGAUGGCCAGGGAUCGAUCUUCAUUGAUCGAAAUGGGGAUCUCUUCAAGCAUGUGCUGGAGUACCUGAGGGCACGAAGCAGCGGGGACAGCAGAUUUCGCCUGCCACUGCACAGCGUUGACGAGCUGCUGGCACUGGAGCGUGAGGCCAGUUACUAUCAGCUUCCAGGGUUGCAGGCGCUGUGCAGGGACCAAAUACAUGGUUUUGGCUCUUUGGAGCCUGUUAUCGUUGUUUCCGACUCGUUGUUCGACGAUGCUCUUGGUUUCCAGUCCAUCGAUCGCAAGUCAGAGCCCCACACGCAUGUGUACUGGCGUGUGCGAAAUGUGUGGCACAUAAAGGAGCAGUGGUGUUCUCCUCGAUUCAACGUCGAUGGACGCCAGUUGGAGCUGUCGAUCUGCCCUGGGGACGCUCAUUUCAAGUUGGUUGUCAGAUUGUGGCACAACAAGGACGAUUGCGAGCCAAUUGGCUGGGUGUGGACAGGCACUGCCAGCCAGCCCUCAUGCAAAGCUUCCAUGAACAGUGCAACAGAGCAGCCAAGAGCGAGGGGCCCAGGACCACGAAAAGAGGUUGACUUUAUUGCGUCGUUUGAGGGCUGGCAUGACUUUGGACAGAACAACAAUGAGCUGGUGGUCGACCACUUUGUGGCAUAUGAAACCAUGCUGUUUCCCUGGCUGAAUGGCCACCUGUCAUCUGAGGAUGGCAUGCUUGUUGUACGACUGGUAUUUCGGUUUGUGGACAUGGUACACCCCAAGGGGACAUCCAAUGCCUGA